GAAACCAAAAAUACCCGAAAUAUUUGAGGCUUUGGAAAGGUCGAUGUCUGAACGCAAAAGAAAAAGCUAACGGUCUCUCGUUCGGUGAUUGACCAAUGCUUAACUAACAGAACGUCGACGUUUUCUCCGGGAAAAUGAAGCCACAACCCCACACUCACUGUGGCUUCGACGUUGGUCUUGGUAGACCAUUCUACAAUAUAAACUCUAGGAAUUUCAGGGAAUUCGUCCCGGGAGCUCUAUUAUCCGGUCGAGUUUCCGGCGUGAAACUGCGCCAACUGACCAUCCGUCCGAUUUUAUGUUGCCGUAGCCAACCUGAAAAUGAAGAUUUUUCCAGUGAAUCUUUCCGAAGUGAGGCGUACUCGAGACGACAUGUGCUACUCGCUCCGUCUCUGGCGCUCGGAGCGUGGUUUCUGCAAUCGGCGAUGGCGAGUGGAGAGAACGCACUGCCGAAUUCGCAAACGCCGCAGCCACAGCUGCAGACGAAUGUAACGGACGUGGCUCCGAAAGCUGUGGAGGAGACGGAGAGGAAGAAGGAAGAGGAAGAGGAGGCGGAGGAGGAGGAUAUUAUAAAUUCAAGGAUUUACGAUGCGACGGCGAUGGGAGAGCCGAUGGCGGUGGGGAAGGACAAGAGGAAGGUGUGGGAGAAGCUGAUGAACUCUCGGAUUGUGUAUUUAGGGGAAGCAGAACAGGUUCCGAUUCGAGAUGAUAAGGAAUUGGAGCUUCAAAUCGUAAAAGGUUUGAGAAAAAGGUGUGUGGAAAUUGAACGCCCUUUAUCUUUGGCUCUGGAAGCUUUUCCUUCUACCAUGCAGGACCAGCUCAAUCAGUAUAUGGACAAAAGCAUAGAUGGAGAAACCUUGAAGUCUUACACAACACAUUGGCCACCUGAGCGCUGGCAGGAGUAUGAGCCUCUUCUAAGUUACUGUCGUGAUAAUGGAGUUCGACUUGUUGCUUGUGGUACUCCGCUCAAGGUUUUGCGGACUGUACAAGCAGAAGGUAUAAUUGGACUUUCAAAGGCUGAUCGCAAAAAGUACACUCCUCCAGCUGGUUCAGGCUUCAUCUCAGGCUUUACUUCUAUCUCACGUGGAUCACUAGUUGAUUUGAAUUAUCCAAAUCAAUCUAUUCCUUUCGGUCCAAGCUCCUAUCUAUCUGUACAAGCUAGAGUGGUGGAUGAUUAUACCAUGUCCCAAAAUAUCUUGCAAGCCAUGGUGGAUGGAGGAACCACAGGUCUUAUAGUAGUCGUGACAGGGGCGAGCCAUGUUGCAUAUGGGUCCAGAGGUACUGGGAUGCCUGCAAGAAUUUCAAAAAGGAUGCCAAAGAAAAACCAAGUGGUUGUGUUACUUGAUCCUGAAAGACAGCAAAUCAGAAGAGAGGGAGAAGUUCCAAUUGCUGAUUUUUUGUGGUAUUCUGCUGCCAGACCUUGCGACAGGAACUGCUUUGACCGUGCUGAAAUUGCUCGAGUUAUGAAUGCUGCUGGCAGGAAUCGAGAUGCCCUUCCUCAGGACCUUCAAAAAGGGCUGGAUCUUGGUUUGGUAUCUCCAGAGGUAUUACAAAAUUUCUUUGAUUUGGAGAAGAACCCUCUUAUUUCAGAACUCACUCAUCGCUUCCAGGGUUUCAGGGAAAGAUUGCUGGCAGAUCCUAAAUUUUUGAACAGAUUAGCAAUAGAAGAGUCUAUCUCUAUAACUACAACACUUUUAGCACAAUAUGAGAGGCGGAAAGGAAAUUUUUUUGAAGAGUUGGAUUACGUUAUUACAGAUACUGUGAGGGGAAUAGUUGUCGAUUUUUUUACAGUAUGGCUUCCUGCGCCAACUCUAUCAUUCUUUUCACCUGCUAAGGAAAUAAAUGGCCUUGAUAGCAUGGAUGUUAUAACAGAUCUCCUUGGAUCCAUUCCUGAUAAUGCAUUUCAAAAGAGUCCUGUGGGAAAGUACUGGAAUAUCAAUCAUAGACUUGCAUCAGUUGUUUUUGGUGGCUUAAAGCUUGCUAGUGUUGGAUUUAUUUCCAGUAUCGGGGCUGUUGCCUUCUCAAAUGUUCUGUAUGGAGUUCGUAGAGUCCUUAAUCCAGAAGUUGUCAACAUACAACAAAAUAAAAGAUCUCCAAUACUAAAAACAGCAGUUAUUUACUCGAGCUUUCUUGGAAUAUCAGCAAAUCUUCGCUAUCAGUUUAUAGCUGGAAUUGUGGAGCACCGAAUUUCUGAUGAAUUUCCGUCUCAAACUAUAUUUGUAAAUUUGCUAUCAUUUAUUGUUCGGACGAUCAACUCCUACUGGGGAACUCAGCAAUGGAUUGAUCUGGCACGUUAUACGGGACUGCAGUCUCGAGCGAAAAAAUUACCCUCUUUACAAAAUUCUGAUUCUCCUAGUCACGUCGCAUUGGAAGGGAAUAACACAGAAGACACCAAUAUAGAUGAAAUAGAAAAUCAGGACGGUGACAAUCCCAUUAUAUAGUCGUAGAAUCAUAAUCUUUCUUAUAUUCUUUUUAUUUUCCCUUCAAAUGCUGACAAAAAGAUUAAAAAAAACAUAAACCAAGAAACAGAGUAGCCCUAUGUGUUAUAGAGCUCCAUACCCAAUUUUUGUAACAUUUAAUGCAAUUCUUCCCAUUUUGAUGAAAAGGCAAGAUUUAUAAAGUUAGCUGGCAUGUCUGUUUGGUGUA